AUGUCUCCUAUCAAAUCCGCGAGCGUCCGUGUCCUCCGCUCCAAGCCGCUGGUAAAAAAUAAUGCUCGAGUCUUGAACACGACGGAACGAAGUGUCGGAAUGACUACGACAACCACGACCUCUCCAGGCCAUCCCUCUACAAAGCCCAACUUCCCAACUCCAGUACACUACUCUCCUCAAUCACAGACCACCACAAAGACAAAGAUGAUCGCCAACAAUUCUCAAAACCCCUUCGACCGACUCCAAACCUCCCUCUCCUCCCAUCUUGCUUCCCACCCACCUUCAGCACUCUCCCCCACCCUUCCAGCUCUCUUCCGUCUCCUUCGCGAGUACACCUCAGAUGCAGCGGACUGGGCCAGAUUCGCUCACUCAAAUGCUGAGAAGCAAUACACAAGAAACCUCGUGUGUGAGGUACCUGGAUUAUUCAACCUGUUGCUCCUUGUCUGGACACCAGGAAAGAAAAGCCCGGUUCACGACCACGCUGAUAGCCACUGCUUGAUGAAGGUCUGUAUCUUCUCGCGCCAUAAAAGAAAAUUCAUCACACUGGGUACUAAACUCUUCGAUUAGAUUCUCAAGGGAAACCUCGUUGAGACCCGUUAUGCUAUCCCUACCAACCCAGGCCUUGAAGGACCUCUUCACCAAACUUCGUGUAAGAAAUUCAACCGUGACCAAGUUACUUAUAUGUCUGACGCUGUAAGUUACUACCUUUUUCCUUACAAGCGCUUUCUGCACCGCUUGAUGAACCUUCUGCACGAUUUGGAACUAACGAACCCCCAGCUUGGCCUCCACGAAAUCUCAAACCCAAGUCCUACCGAAUACGCAGUGAGCUUGCAUCGUAAGUCCUCCCACCCAACUUCUCAUCCUAGUUUCAUGACCAGUUCGAGCUAACAUCGCACAGUAUACACACCACCAAACGCAGCUCUUCGCGGCUGCCACAUCUACGACAAAGCCGAUGGCGAGGCAAUCCAUGUCAUGCAGGGUGCUUAUGAUUCGGUCCUCGGUGUUGCUAACAAGUGAAUGUGACACCUGGCUGGACUGCACAUUAACGGGUUCCCGAGAUACAUCAGCUCACUGCCUUGAGCCACGACUUUACGAACGUUUCCUUGGUUGUAUUUGGAGUUUGGGAGUCACUUGGAGCUAAGAAGGUGCACAGCACAGAUAUCAUAUCUUUGAUGCGUCAACAACUUCAGCGUUUUUAUGUAUUUGUACUGGUGGCUAGACACGAGCGGAAUGCGGAUAGAGA